GUCACACACACAAAAUAAAAAAGAAAAACCAAUUCCAAUUCCAAUUCCAAUUCCAAAACCUCACCACCCUUUACACACACACACACACACCACUAUAUAGGUACUACAAAAGCCUCAUCAAAAUUCUCUCUAGCCCCCCCCAUCUAUUUCCUCUUCAUAUGGCUCAGAAGGUUGUGUUAAAGGUAUUAACUAUGACUGAUGACAAAACAAAGCAAAAAGCCAUAGAAGCAGCUGCAGAUAUCUAUGGGGUUGAUUCAAUUGUUGCAGAUGUAAAGGAACAGAAAUUGACUGUGAUUGGUUCAAUGGAUACAGUGAAAAUAGUGAAAAAGCUGAAGAAAGUAGGAAAAGUAGAUAUUGUUUCUGUUGGACCUGCAAAAGAAGAAAAGAAAGAAGAAAAGAAAGAAGAGAAAAAGGAAGAGAAAAAAGAAGAGAAAAAGGAAGAAAAGAAAGAAGAGAAGAAAGAGGAAAAGAAAGAAGACAAGAAAUAAAUAAUUAGUAUUAUUAUUCUGUUUUUUUUUUUAAAAAAGCUCUUCAUUUUGUUUCUUUUUUUCUUUCUAAUUUUUGUUUGGAGUAUUUUUCCUAUAUUGAGAAGCCAGUGUAAGCUGCAAAAAUUGUGUAUAAUUUUAUUUUUGCUUAUUAUUAUUAUUAUUAUUAUUAUUAUUA